AUGUCAUAUACGAGAAAGAAUGAACAGAAGCAACAGCAAUAUCAACAAAACAAUGAUAAUAACAACAACAACAAUAACAACAAUAAUAGAUAUAGUGGAGAAGGAAGAGGAGGAGGUGAUGAUGGAUCAACUGGGGAGCCAGCCGCAGGAACAUCCGAUUGGGUAUUAGUACGCAACUCAAUAGGCGGCACAAACCAACAACAACAACAGACACCUCAAACACCUCAACAACAUCAACAUUAUACAUCACCUCGCGGAUCACAACAUAAUCAUCCUUUGAAUGAUGGUGGCAUUGGUAUUGUCGACAGCGGUGGUAGUAGUAGUGGCAGAGUACAAUCAUCAAAUCCAAUCAAUAUACCUCAGGGUCGCGCGAGUAGUGGAGGUGGAGGAUUUCGAAAGCAUAGCUUCAUUAGUAAUUUGGAGGCAUUGAUUGGUGGCGCCCAUCAACACUUGAUGUCAUCAUCCACUUCACCAUCAUCACCAUCACCCAAGGACUACCUAUCACAUUCAUCCUCCACACUCAUGGACUCACGUGGCACCAGCAGCAGCGCGAGCAGGACACACAACCCGUCGUCCACAUUUGAUACAGGCGUGUAUCAGGUAGGCAGCUAUGGAGACACGACCUCCUCAUCGGCUCCACCCGCCUUCUCGACGUCGCCAACCUCAAUAGGCAUUGGCACCUCAUCGUCCGUGCAUGGCGGGCAUGACAAGAAGUGCCACUACUGCGCCAAAGACAGCGAGCGACGCUAUCAUCAGUUUGAGCACGAGAUCGUCGACUUUGCGCAGAGCAUGGACAGGCUCAAGCAGUACAAGAGUCAGCAGAAUGUCAUCUCGAUCACGCCGCCCAUUCCCGUCGACCAGGACAUCAUCUCGUGCUACAAUCAAUCCGAGAACCUCUCGUCCAUGUACUACAACAUACUGACGCAACUCGAUCUGGAGCGACACAACUACAUGCUGCACCUCACAGAGAUCCUCACCUUUCUGGACGAGCUCGAGCGCUUCUCAUCCACCCUCGACAUUGCCAUCUUCACCAGACUUGGCGACAACAUCCGCAUGAUGUACGACCAUCUAACCUUGAUCAAGAAUGACCUGUUGGACACACAGAACAAGACAACAACGGCUCAGUUCAAGGGAUACCUUUGUAUAUUCAAUCACACACUAAACAACUUGGAGAAGUCAACACAACAGUUCACAUUGAAGUUCCUCCAUUCAGUGGCGCCACCUCUGGCUCCGCCAGAAGUACUCUUCACCGACUCUUUGAAGAAGUACGCCAAGAUAGCCAUCACCAGACAGAAGAACAUCCCACUAGGAUGUGAGUGGAGGAUCACUCUAACCUUCACCAAGAGCUUCCUUGAGUUCAUCAAGUAUUGCGACCCGAUCAAAGGCAUUACAUUGUUGGUGACUCAUUCAUCAUCACAGACACCUCAAUACUUCCAUGUAAAGAACAAACCCAUUGUUAUCAACGAGGAGAAGCAGUUCAUUCACUCGGUAUAUCAUUUCUGCUCCGAGCUACAAUCACUGCUACAGAAGGAGGACAAGUUCUACCUCGUCUACAUUGUAAAUAAUAUCAAAUAUCUGCUAUCCAUGGUACCCAAACAGACCAGGGAAUUGUCCAAGCUGGAAGUAGACCGACUCCAAUCACUACUCAAACGAAACCCAAACACAUACUUGAAGGAAGUGAUACCAUACUUUAUCAAGAAGUUGUACUUGGAUCCCAUGUUCUUCCAUCUUUGGAAUCAUCAGUGCAUCCAUUUGGUCAACACAAAGGACUCGACUGGCGACAUCAAUCAACUGCAUAGCAAGAGGUACUCAUUUAUCCUCUCAUUCGACGAGCAGGGCGUGUUGAUAUACUACACCAAGGCCAAUGUGCGCGAGGUCCAAACAGAAACCUUCACCAACACAUCACAACUACUACAUUUUGUCGAGAGCCACAACUUCAUCUCGGUGAUUCUGUCGAAUCGCGAGGUGCUACCCAUCAGCUACUUCAACUCAAUCGUGCCUGCACCCUCACCCUCGUCACAGUCGCCUACCAACUCGCUCACCACCUCCUCCACCACCACUGUCGUCUCGCCAUCCGCCAAUGCCAUGCCACAUCACAUCACGCUGUGUGGCCCAUGUAUAUCAACGCUCAAAGAGUACUUGGAGAGGAUGAAUCGAGAGAUACUCAAGGAUCACGCGACCUACUCCAAGUUUAUCGCCGACAACAAAAUAUCGACAAAGGAGUUGAGCAGUCUCAGUUCAUCAGGCUCGCAACACUAUCAACAGCAGCAGCAGCAUCCACAGCACCAUCCCCAGUCAGGGCACCACACUCCCAUCUCCACAACCAAGAUAACCAAGGAGUUCAACGACCUCCAAUCAUUGAGCAAUGAAGACCUAGACAAGGAAAUCGAACGACUCGACAAGGAGAACAUUGAAUUGAUGAAGGAGAACUUAUCAUUGGAGAGGACAAAGGAUGAUAUUGUGGACAUUCGUCUCAAGUUGGACGCCAAGCACAAGGAGAUCAAGGCAGAGGAGAGAGCGCACUAUGACAAUGUCAACAACUUUUACAAGCAGUACUUUGACCUCGUCACGGACAAGCGUAUACUGGACAACCAGAACCAGCUGUGCAAGACCGAGAUGGACGGCCUGAACGACUUCAACAUCGUCAAGGAGGCAUUCCACAUCACAUUCGAGAAGGUGGACGAGCACACCAUUGUAAAGAUCAACGACAUGCGACUGGGCACGCUGCCCAAGAACAAGGUGGAGUGGGACGAGAUCAAUGGCGCCAUCGGGCAGAUCGUCCUUCUUGUUCAUACCAUUGCCAAGCAGCUAAACUACGUCUUCCAACGACACAAGCUGAUACCAAUGGGCAACAAACCAUUGAUCCAAUCAAAGAACGAUAAGGAAUCAUUCCCAUUGUAUGGUGGAGAUGAUAUUUACUUCCGAUCAUUCAUUUGGAGCAGAGAGCACAAGUUUGACAUUGGCCUGGAGGCCUUCCUGGGUUGCGUCAACGAGUUGUGCUCACUGUUCAAGAACACCGUGUUCCCAUUCAAGAUCGAGAAGGACAAGAUUGGCGGCAGCAACGGAUUCCAGACGAUCCGAGUCACUGGCAACUCCGAAGUCAACUGGACCAAAGCACUCAAGUACAUGGUGACCAACAUCAAGUACAUCAUGGGCUCGACCAGUGUGUUCUCUGGCACAGGUUCUUCGCCAUCCCCAUCCAAUAAAGCAUGA